AUGGCGAAUGCAAUACUAUUAGCAAUUGGUGAUGCAGUAUUAACAUUCAUAUGGGUUUUCGUUUCUUCAACCCUAGGAUUAGUCACCUCAGAAAUUAUCAAAGCUUUUGAUCUUGAAUUUGUGUCUUACAAUGGUGUUAAUUACCCUUUUAUUAUAAUCACUACUUUAUUAAUUUUUCUUAUUAUAUUCACUUUCACCGCUAUUGGUAAUGCCAUGGGUGGUGCCAGUUUCAAUCCUACAGGAAAUGCUUCUUUCUAUGCUGCUGGUCUUGGUUCUGAUACACUUUUCUCUAUGGCUCUUCGUUUCCCUGCUCAGGCAUUAGGUGCAGUGGGUGGUGCUAUGGCAAUUAUGGAAGUAAUGCCGCCAAAAUACAGGAACAUGAUUGGAGGACCUACUUUGAAGGUUGAUCUGCACACCGGAGCUAUUGCAGAAGGAGUGUUGACAUUUGUAAUCACUUUUCUCGUUCUCUUCAUCAUAAUCAAAGGUCCUCGUAGCGAGUUCGUCAAGACUUUGAUGAUGUCUAUUUCAACUGUGACUAUGAUCGUCGCCGGUUCUGCUUACACCGGACCGUCCAUGAAUCCUAUCCUUGCAUAUGGUUGGGCAUAUUUGGACGACUGGCACCACACAUGGGAUCAAUUCUAUGUAUAUUGGAUUUGUCCAUUCAUUGGAGCAAUACUUGCUGCUUGGUUGUUUCGUGCUGUCUUCCCUCCUCCACCGAAAGUGGUCAAACAGAAGAAAGCUUGA